AAAAUUUAGGAGAGUAACAAAAGAUAAUAAUAAUAUAUCAACAUGGCUCUCAAACCUCUGCUCUUUCUCGUCUUACCAUUCACAACUCUCUUGCUUACACAACUUAACGCCGAUGCCGAUGGGGAUAGUAGCAUGCCGACUAGUAAUGUGGAAGGAUCUUCUAGCGCGACAACAAAUGGCAUUUAUGUCCCACGACGUCCGCCAAGGAUGCCGAUUAAUAUUCUCAAAGAAUCUUCUAAUUUUGUCCCGUGUUUUCCAGGGAAGAUGUCUGGUAGUUUCAAGGGAUAUUCUAACCCGUGCUCGCCAACUAAUAGUUAUUUUAAGGGACAUUUUAGCGUUCCCAUCAUUCCGGUCCCGAAUACGCAAAUGAUGUCGUCUAGUAGUUUUAAGGGAUAUUCUUCGACUUUAUUUCCGGCCCCCACCAUCAGGAGUUCGCCGAUCAUUCCGUCUGAUAGCUUCAAGGGAUAUUCGAGCAUUCCGGCCCCCCGGAAAGUACUUACUUGUCCAUAA